UUCAGCUUACUCUCAGAUUUUCAAAUCCCUGCACCAUACAAAGUUGGAAUUGCUUAUGAUGCCGUUUGCGUCAACCCAUUGGAGUAUCUACCAUGGCUUCGCUCGAAGCUCAAGUCUUCUGUCGCCAAUAAGCAAAGAGUUCAGAAAACCGGGUUGUUGGUUAAUGCAACGUCCCUCGGUCCACGGUCGUUGAUCGGUGUAGAAGAUACAGCCCCUCUUCUCAAUAGGGAACAAUUCAUAUCAACGGUUGUACCGUCGCUAUCAUAUCCUGACAUGCAGUUGUGCGUAGGUGCCAGGAUGUCGGAACAUGUGACAUGUAUCACUUGCCCUGGAAUGAUCGAAGUGAACGCUGCACUUCUAAAUAAUGGAACCUAUCAAAUAGGAAAGUGGGACAUCCCCUUGGGUAUGUCGGUUGCAAUGUGGAUAUUUGAGCGGUGCUCCGUCUAGCUCCGCGCUGAAGCCAUAUUCGAAAAAAGGACAAAAUUCCUGAGGCACACUGUCGGCCUUAGGCCUGACAGAGAGGGCAGUCCACUUGCGGCAGUUGAACGGAUCUUGCUUCCCCUUAGAUGAAACAAUGACUUGGCUCCAUACGUGGACGAGAAUGCAGAAGAAGAGCAGGAUACCGGUAACUCAUGCAUAUGGAGUGGGUUCCAGAGCCGCAUGCUACCAAACAUCCCGGGGUGUAUUUAUCGAAGAGCUAUCUUUACUGAAGGAGAACAUGCAGGGCCCAGGCAGGCUGCUAAUCAUAGAUAUAACCUAAUUCGUUAUUAGUACAAUUCUUCUACUACGUUUUCACCUGGGCUGUCACGUCAACAAGGUAGUAC